AUGCAUGAUAUUCAAUACAAAGUGUUGUGAUUGAUUUUGACAUUCGUGAUUAUUUUUAUAAUGUAUUAAGUAAAUUCAUGAAGCAAAUUUUCUUUAUAACUUUUUCCACAUGGUUAUAUCUUUCAUCUCAUCCUAUAAAUUCUAAGUGUGCGUUGGUAACUAAGAGCAACCAUUAGAGAUGGCUUCAUGUAAGCUCCCAGACAACUUGGAGGUCAUUCUGAGCUAUGCUGACUCUACAGAUGUUCUCGAUCGCCUUCGGGAUGGAGUUUUCCUGAAAGAAAAGAGAGAGAAGUUCUGGAUUGACAAGAUUACCAGCGCCAGCGCAUUCAUGUUGUAUGCAAGGGAUCUCUCAAUCGCUUGGGCAGAUGAUCAAAGUUACUGGAAGUGGGCUUCCAUGAAAGACACUGAUGGUGUUCAAGUUGAGGUGGCUGAGGCGGUGGGAAUAUAUUGGCUUGAGGUAAAAAAGAAAUUCCUUACAGAAAUGCUCACCCCAAGGACUUCAUAUGAAGUUUCAUUUAUCUUAAUGAAGAAGGAGGAUAAUACUGGACUUUCUCAACCAGUGACGCUGAAAAUCCUCCUGCCUAACCAUGAGCCAAUUGAACGCACACAAUAUUUGAAUGAUAUGCCGACAAACGAAUGGAAAGAGAUCCUAGUUGGUGACUUUAUUACCCCUUGUGAUCAUCUGUAUGGGGACAUGGAAAUCUCUAUGGCACAGACUGAUUGUGAUAAUGGCAAGAAAGGACUCGUCGUCAACAAAAUCAUCAUUCGGCCAAUAACAAAGGAAUGGAGGGAGCUUAGUGGGGAAUACAAAUGGCAUGGUCUCUUGGAUCCUCUCAACGUUGACCUUAGCAAGUUUAUAACUGGUUAUGGUGAAAGACUUGAUGCUAUCUAUGACUGCAUAAUUAAAGAUACUAAUUCACCCAGGUAUGAACUUCCCAUGUAUGAAGAAAAAGAUUUUUUUUCUAAAGUUGGCCCAGACAGAGGCAAAGCAAUGAAAUGCCAAAUAUACCAAGUGAAAAAGUACAUCUAUGCAUGGGUCAAUGUUUCAUUCCCGGUGGAAUUGUUCGUUCCGGACAGAUCAGCUUGGAUUGGUUAUGUGGCUGUGGCAACAGAUGAAGGAGCGAGAUUGUUGGGAAGGAGAGACAUUUUGGUUUGCUGGAGAGGAACUUACAAUAGAGCGGAGUGGGAAAGGAAUGCUAGUUUCUCACAAACCCAUGCUCAAGUCAUAUAUCCAACAGUCCCUGAUGCUGAGGUGCACAAAGGAUUUUACUCCAUCUACACAGAGCCAAACUCAGAAUGCAAUAACAAAAGCGCUAGAGAUCAGGUUCUAGAAGAAGUUAGAAAUUUGGUAAAUUUAUACCAAGGCGAGAAAGUCAAUAUAACAAUGACAGGAUACAGUUUAGGCGCAGGUCUUGCUACAUUGAACGCAGCUGAUAUAGUUUCCAAUGGAUAUAAUAAGCCUAACCCUAAUCUAGAGAAUAAGGAAUUCUUGGUCACAACCUUUGUGUUUGGGAGCCCUAAGGUUGGAGACAUAGCCUUCCAAACUGAAUUCAAUAAGCAUAUGAGUGAAAGGAAGCUACGUCUCCUACGCAUUGCAAAUGUCGAUGACGUUAUCACUAAAAUUCCAUUCACAGGUUAUGUUGAAGUUGGAUAUGAGAUAAUGUUUACCCCAACCAGUGCAAGCUCAGAUGAGUAUGGCAAGAUAAGAAGUGAUCAUAAUUUGAAGAAUUAUAUUAGAGAACUCUGUGCACUACCAUAUGCCUUGUCCAAGGCAUCAUAAAAUUCCUGGGAAAAAGAUAAUACAGAGUCGAUCUCUUUUAUGGAAAUAAAUUCCUUCCUCUGUGGAUGAGUAUGGAAAUAAAGCCAUUUGUGCAUCGUGCGCCUUGUAUUGCUCAAUCAAAUUUUAAUUUUAUAAAAAGAACACUAUAGGUGAUUUUAAUUUCCA